AUGGGGGACCAACCAAGUAGUAUCUUGCGCCUCGCACUCCAAAACGCGAACCUCAACGACCUAUUCACCGACUUAGAGUUUGUUGGGCGGUUCGACGAAGCCUGCAAGACGCACCCUUUCACGAAAGCUGCAGCUGCGAAACUGAUAACGGCUGUCUUUCCUAAAAAUAAGAAUAGACGCCGUAAGGUGAUAGAAUCAUUGUCCCAUUGCGUUACACUCCCAAAGAGUGUCAAAGAGCUGUGCAGAGAGUUGGAGAAAGACCCCUCCUCCUUUUGUGUUGCUGCAGGCUGGUCCGAUGUUAGGUUUGCCGUCCAGCAUCUACAGUCUCUCCACAAGGCGCAGGAGUAUCUCACCGAACUGGUCCAGUAUGUGGCGGUUAUCGACUCUCUGUGUUCUCUCGCAUUCUACUGGCAUGGAUUGGAGUGCGGUGGCAAGGCAACCAGAUAUAAACAAAUUGCUGAACGUAUACACAACAUCGAGACGGAAGGGAGCGACAGCGAAAAGCAAAAGGAUGUCUUGGACACUUACUAUCUACACGACAUCGGGACUGUCUUCCACCUACCAAGCGAUGUAAAGAGUUUCAUCCUCUCGCUAGGAUUACCAAGGGAGAAAUUUCAAAAGGACCAUCAAACGCUCGCCGAGCGCCUAAUCGACGCGGGUAUCCAGACCGAGGCACGCUCUAAUGGAGGACGACAGAUCCUCAUAGCAAUGCAAGCAUGCAUUGUGGGAGCCUGGCAUUCCAAGGUGGUACAGUCGCAAACGAUUGACUCUACGGCUUCUUCACAGCACAGCGAAAACUCACCGGGUUCUACACUGGCAACAGACGCGACAGAUAUAUCUCAUAUUGGGGGAGUAGGGGUGGAUGACAUUUUAGCUGCUGCUGCUUUUAUACAGGGUGAUGAAUCGAUUGGCGCAUCGAUGCCGAUUCCCGAUGAUCAGCAGAACUGCUCAGCCGGGCCUCUUAUUGAGAGGUGUGACCGAUCGGCCGCUCCGGGAAUUAUUUCUCGACAGAAUCAGAUCGCUAUUGAGUCAGGAGAAACCUCUAGCAAAGGUCGUGCGAUGGAUCUAAAUGGAGCCGGAGGCUUCGGUUGGAAUUCGGGAACGAACGCUCUGGAUCAAGUUCAGCCUAUUUUGGAUGAUAUUGAGCGGACGCCCAAGCGACCUCGCUGGGGCCACCAGAUCAAUGCAAUGGCCUCGCGAGAUCCUGAGGGUUCUGACUCAGCGGGUUACCAAGGGCAAUAUCACUUGGAGGACAAUGUUACAGCCGAGAACAAUCCGACCCGGAAUCAGACGAGACCAUCGCGCAAGCGUCGUCGUGCACCCCAAGUCUGCGACAGCACGAUGAAUAGUCGAAGUAUAGAAUCUGAGUCCAAUGACACCCAUUUGGCCACUAUAGCGACGGCUACGGACGGCCCUACGCAACCGACGAACUAUGCUCAACAUCUGUUGGAAACUCCAGGGAGUUCCACAACUCAAUCCCACGUUGACCCUGCCUCCCAUCCAUCCGUUGCACCUCACUUAAUUGAGAUCGACCUCAUUCAGGAGGAUGGCUCUAUACCUAUCCAUGAUACGGCAUCGACUUUUAUGCUUCGGCCACCCGAUCCGAACGAGAUGCAAGAUUCGACUAUGGUCGCAGCGGACAGGAGUGGGCAAUGGCUGAAUCUAGAUGACAUGGAUAUGGUUCGUGACUGGUCGAAUCUAGAUGAUAUGGAGAUGGUUCGCGACUGGUCGAAUCUAGAUGACAUGGAGAUGGUUCGCGACUGGCCCAACCAGGGCGACCUGGAGAUGAUACAAUCUUUGAUCGCGCAGCCAACUCCCCUCGUCGAUCACAGUUAA